AUGGUGAGUGCAUCGUCUUCUUCCUCCGAUGAGACGACGGUGGCGAUGAAGACGACGAGGAAAAGGAGAGAUGAGAAGAAUCGGAGGAGUGAUGUGAUAGUUAUAGGAUACCAAGUGUUCGACGAAAUGACAAGGAGAGGGUUUAGGAUUUUGUCUCAAUCAACCAUUCCCGUCAGGAGUCGACGGCGGUCAGAUUUUACGAAGAAGAUGGACAGUAAACAGAUUACUUCUGAGAAUGACCUUGCAAACGAAUAUCUUCAUCAAAUGGAGAGUGAUAUGAAUCUUACGUGUUUAAGUAAGAUGAUUGAGGCAAAUAGGAAAGAACUUGAUUCUUGGAGCAGAAACAUAAACAACGAUCAUGAAGCUUUUCAUAAUGACGAGAAGAAAAAGAGUGCAACAAUAACAAAGAUGUUACUUGAAGAAACAAAGAAGAUGCAGCAGCUUUCACAAGAGUAUGUGCGUAUGAUUUUAGAUGAGCAAAAGAAUAUGAAACAUGAACUGGAAGUUAGGAGGAAGGAACUUGAUUCCUGGAACAGAGAGUUAAACAAACGUGAAGCUUUGACUGAUCACGAAAGACAGAAAUUGGAUGAUGAGAAGCAAGAGAAUACAACUAAAAACAAUUCACUUGAAAUGGCAUCCUUGGAGAAGAAGAAGUCUGACGAGAAUGUCUUAGGAUUGGUUGAAGAGCAUGAGAAGGAGAAACAGGAGGCAUUAGCUAAAAUUCUUGUACUGGAAAAACAACUGGAAGGCCAACAGAUGCUAGAGAUGGAAUUUGAAGACCUGAAAGGUAAAAUGCAAGUGAUGAACCAUCUGGCCUUACAAAAGAAGAAGUUUAAAGAGUUGAAUGACGAACUGGAACAAAAGCAAAAUGAGAUUAUUGAUCUAAAGGACCUAGGUAUAAGCCUGUUGGCCAAAGAAAUAAUGAGCACUGACGAAGUACAAGAAGUUCGUGAAGAGUUUAUUAAGGAUCUUGAAGAGUCGAUGGGUAGUCGUGCUAGUAUUGGGAUUAAAAGAAUGGGAGAGAUUGAUAGAAAGCCCUUCCAGAUUGCUUGCAAAAGAAAAUACCCAUCUUCAGAUGUAGACAUUAAAGCCUUUGAGCUAUGUUCCUCUUGGCAAGAAAAUAUGAAAGACCCUGAAUGGCAUCCCUUUAGGGUCAUCAUGAAUGCAGAAGGAGAACACGAGGUAAUUGUUGAUGAAAAUGAUGAAAAACUGAAAAGUCUAAAGGAAGACCUAGGUGUUGAGGUGUACGAAGCAGUUGCCGUAGCGGUGAAAGAAAUGGAUGAAUAUAAUCCUAGUGGCAGGUAUGUAGUUUCAGAACUAUGGAACUUUAAGGAGAAUAGACAAGCUACACUGAAGGAAGUUAUCGCGUUUCAUAUCAAGAAUCUGAAAGAAGAGGACUUGAAGAAAUAA